GGGGGCGUGGCCACACCUGGGAGGCGUGGCCUGGCGGAGGCGAGGGCUGCGGCGUCCUGGGGCGAGGCGCUGACGUGAGCUCGGCGCACCUGGGCCGGGCAGAACCUUUGAGUGGUCAAGGGAAAGACAAGCCAACUCUUCAGAUCCCUGCGAACACACUGCCUGCUCUUCCAUAUCAUGGCCCUCCACCCCCGCAGAGUCCGACUGAAGCCCUGGCUGGUGGCCCAGGUGGAUAGUGGCCUCUACCCUGGGCUCAUCUGGCUACACAGGGACUCUAAACGCUUCCAGAUUCCCUGGAAACAUGCCACCCGGCAUAGCCCUCAACAAGAAGAGGAAAAUACCAUUUUUAAGGCCUGGGCUGUAGAGACAGGGAAGUACCAGGAAGGGGUGGAUGACCCUGAUCCAGCUAAAUGGAAGGCCCAGCUGCGCUGUGCUCUCAAUAAGAGCAGAGAAUUCAACCUAAUGUAUGAUGGCACCAAGGAGGUGCCCAUGAACCCAGUGAAGAUAUAUCAAGUGUGUGACAUCCCUCAGCCCCAGGGCUCGAUCAUUAACCCAGGAUCCACAGGGUCUGCUCCCUGGGAUGAGAAGGAUAAUGAUGUGGAUGAAGAAGAUGAGGAAGAUGAGCUGGAUCAGUCGCAGCACCAUGUUCCCAUCCAGGACACCUUCCCCUUCCUGAACAUCAAUGGUUCUCCCAUGGCGCCAGCCAGUGUGGGUAAUUGCAGUGUGGGCAACUGCAGCCCUGAGGCAGUGUGGCCCAAAACUGAACCCCUGGAGAUGGAAGUACCCCAGGCACCUAUACAGCCCUUCUAUAGCUCUCCAGAACUGUGGAUCAGCUCUCUCCCAAUGACUGACCUGGACAUCAAGUUUCAGUACCGUGGGAAGGAGUACGGGCAGACCAUGACCGUGAGCAACCCCCAGGGCUGCCGACUCUUCUAUGGGGACCUGGGUCCCAUGCCUGACCAGGAGGAGCUCUUUGGUCCUGUCAGCCUGGAGCAGGUCAAAUUCCCAGGUCCUGAGCAUAUUACCAAUGAGAAGCAGAAGCUCUUCACUAGCAAGCUGCUGGACGUCAUGGACAGAGGACUGAUCCUGGAGGUCAGCGGUCACGCCAUUUAUGCCAUCAGGCUGUGCCAGUGCAAGGUGUACUGGUCUGGGCCAUGUGCCCCAUCACUUGUUGCUCCCAACCUGAUUGAGAGACAAAAGAAGGUCAAGCUAUUUUGUCUGGAAACAUUCCUUAGCGAUCUCAUUGCCCACCAGAAAGGACAGAUAGAAAAGCAGCCACCGUUUGAGAUCUACUUAUGCUUUGGGGAAGAAUGGCCAGAUGGGAAACCCUUGGAAAGGAAACUCAUCUUGGUUCAGGUCAUUCCAGUAGUAGCUCGGAUGAUCUACGAGAUGUUUUCUGGUGAUUUCACACGAUCCUUUGAUAGUGGCAGUGUCCGCCUCCAGAUCUCAACCCCAGACAUCAAAGAUAACAUCGUUGCUCAGCUGAAGCAGCUGUACCGCAUCCUUCAAACCCAGGAGAGCUGGCAGCCCAUGCAGCCCACCCCCAGCAUGCAACUCCCCCCUGCCCUGCCUCCUCAAUAAUCGUGAAUGCCAUCUUCUUCCUUUCCUUUUUUAUAAUAUUGUAUAUAUGGAUUUUUUUAUUGUUUAGAUUUAACCAGCUUUUAAAUCUCUCUUUUCUCUAACAGUGUUAGAAGUCUGUGAUUCUCCAAGUAUGCCUAGAUUUAAAGCUGAUUUAAUUUAUGGAAAAAUCACCCUUCAGACUUUGCUUUUCUUUUUCAAAUCUCCUAAUGGUAGUAUGAUGUAGCACAGUAGAAGGAGAUUUGGCCUGGGAGUUUGGACACCAAGGUUCUAGCUGCAGCUUUGCUGCCAAUGUGACCUUGAACAAGUCCUUUAACCUCUGGGCUUCAGAUUUAUUGCUUAUAAAGUGAAGAGAUUGGAAUGAUGCCUGAAAUUGUAUACAGCUUUAAAACAGACUCGAUGACCUUCUUCUACUUGUACAAGGCUAAACUGCCUGGAACAGAAUCCUUCUGCAUUGUUCUUGUACCACAUUUUUCCUUGGUUUUGUUAAAGUUUCCUCAAGCACUGAUUUGUCCAGGAUCAAGCUCUGUUUGACCUGUUCUGCUAGUAUAGUAAGCUGGCUCCCUGAUGGGGGAAGUGAGAGGGAGAGGAGCUGGCUGGCUGGUUGCUUAGAAACCAUGCUUGAUAUCUAAAUAGAAAUGGGUGCCAAAGUCUGAAAGUCACCCAGCCUGUGGAGUGAAAGCUCACAAAUUUGGCUUCUAAAGGGAAGCUGUUGACACAGAAAGCCUAGGGAUUCUGUGGAAGAAUAGGUUGUCAGGCAUUUACCAUAUUACCACUCAAAUACCAGUGUGUGUGUGUUUAGGGGUUGGGGGAGGGGGGUAGAUGAUAGUAUGUGACUCAGGUGGUAGCUUUAAGAGGAAAGAGCUCUAUUUUUCUUAUUUUCUUCUCUGAGCUAGACUGAGCUGGGGAUCUAAGAUAUACUUCUCUGACUACAAAAGGGACAGUAUAAUUUAGAUUUUUUGCAGUUGAAAGAUAUUGGUUUUUGGGUGUGUUAAGGCAGGGAUGAAGAAGGGCUGGGCAGUACUCUUCUGGAAAGGCUCACAUAGCAGGAACCUGCUUGUCUCCCUUACUAGUGGAGUUAUCUGAGUGUGAACAGUGAAGGUAAAGAGUGGUAUAGAACAAUGCAGGUCUAUCUGUCACAAACUGAUCUUAUCUGGAAACAUCUGCUGAGUCUCUAACCAUUUUGGCUUUCUCUUCUUUUUUGAGACAGAGUCUUGCUUUGUUGCCAGGCUACAGUGCAGUGGCAAAUCACCACUUACUGCAGCUUUAAGCUCCUGGGCUCAAGCAAUCAUCCUGCCCCAGCCUCCUGAGUAGUUGGGACAACAGUCGUGCACUAUGAUGCUUGGCUAAUUUUUUUUUUGUAGAGAUGAGGUCUUGCUAUGUUGCCCAUGCCGGUCUUGAACUCCUGGGCUCAAGCAAUCUGGGACCUAAAUGGCAAAUAAGAUGGUAAUCUGUGGUUGCAAGCCCCAGUCCUCUUGAAUAGUGACGCCUUUCUGUCUGUGUCGGGACGUAGUAAGGAAGCCCAUGUCUAGUCUGGUACCUUUAAACCAGGCCAUCUCCUACUUUUCAAAAUGACUCAAAAGUUGUGCUAGCCUUAUUUUAAAAACUAAAAGUUCAUAAUCAGUGGUGACACGAGGACUUAUUUAUUUAAAGUUCUUAAGCUUUGGUUUUAGAGUUUCUAAGAGACCUGGUGGAAUUUACUAUUAUGAAAAGCAUUACCCAUGCUAUUACGAAAAGCAUGACAAGAUUAAGAAAUCUGGCUAAAGGUCAGGUGCCCAGCUUUGAGGAAAAGUUGGGCUUUUAGGGACCAGGAAGUGUUAAUGGCACAGAAACUUUACAUUUUUUGGGUCAUUUUGUUGAGCAGGUGAAGUGAGGGAUUUGGUCUUGAUAUUUGGCUGCCCCAUCUCUAUGUGGGAGCUCAAAGUUAAAAAUAACCCACUGUAGGUAAAUUAGAAGGGUAGCUUUUGAAUCUGGGCCAGUCUGUAUCCCUUCUGUGAAAUGCUAACAGCCAGGCUAUCUGUAGCCUGGGUGGGAGCCCAGAUAAUGUGAGCUGGUAAAGGGUAUUGGAAAAGUGCCAAGAAAUACCAAGCUUUUGGUUUGUAACCACUGCGAAAAGUUUAUGAACAUGUCAGAGAAAUGGAUGAGUGAUUUGUGAGGGCCUCACUAGAUACCCCAGUUUCUUCCUUGUUUUGGCUCCUUUUCAGAAUGCUGGGAGAGUGCUGGAUAGAUUUAGGUUUCCUUUCUUUUUUUAGGGCCUCAGUCUGCUAUCUCCUUUGGUGGCCACCACCACUCACUCCCUUGAUAUCUUCUACUCCCUUGCCUUCAUUAUGCUUAAGACUGAGAAGGGAGUUAGAUUUUGUCACUAGCUCUUCUUUUUCCUCACCGUCUACCCCACCAAACAAGAUUAGUUCAAGUUAAAAAGAACCUACUGGAGGUAAACUGGGAGGGCAAGUGUUGGAUCUGGGCUGGUCCCUUUCCCAUAUAAUUAGGUCCCUGGUUAUAUGUUCCCAUAGCACCCCAUAGUUCCUCUUUCAGAAUAAUCAUUUCCCUUGUAAUGCUCAGCAUCUGUAUCCUGCUUGACUGCAAACUUGCUGAAGGUAGGGAUUGUUUGUCUUGGACUUCGCUGCCAGUCCUUAGAACAGUGUCUGGGACACGGUGUGUUCUCAAAUAUUUGUUGCUGGAAUAAAUGAAUGAACUAAA